AAAACCUCGACCAAGGCACCAACUCACCGACGGUAUGAGUUACGACUACCUGGUGAAGUUCCUGGCGCUCGGGAAUUCGGGCGUCGGCAAAACAAGCUUCCUCUACCAGUAUACCGACGGCACCUUCAACUCCCGAUUCAUCUCCACCGUUGGAAUCGAUUUCAAGGAAAAGCGAGUGAUAUAUCAAACAGCGAAUGGCAGAAGCCAACGAGUGCACUUGCAGCUUUGGGAUACUGCUGGCCAAGAAAGGUUCAGAAGUCUAACCACAGCCUUUUACCGGGACUCUAUGGGUUUCCUACUAAUUUUUGAUCUGACCAAUGAAUCAUCGUUCCUCGAAGUUAGAAACUGGCUGGAGCAGCUUAGGACACACGCGUAUUGCGAUGAUCCAGACAUAAUUCUGUGUGGCAAUAAAUCUGAUCUUGAGGACAAACGCGUCGUUAGCGAACAUAAAGCGCGGGAUCUUGCCGAGAGACACGGCUUGGUUUAUCUGGAGACGAGUGCCGCGACCGGGCAAAAUGUCGAACGCGCUGUGGAAAUUUUGCUGGAUCGUGUAAUGCGCAGAAUGGAGGCUUCGGUGGAUAAGUCACCGUUGCCGCAUCAAAAAGCUGUAAGAUGUCACGAGCGCGACACUCCGCCACCAAGGAGUUCUUGCUAUUGCUGACAGUGCCGAUACAUGUAGUUAUCCAAACUACAUUCUGUCUGCCGCAAUCAAAGAAGAGAACGUAUUAUGAAGCUGACGUCUACGAUUUGUGAAGCGAAUGUCAAUCUCAUUGUAUACUCUUUUGAUUAGCAUGUUCGUUGCAAGAUUAGAACAUUGGAAGAUAAUUUCGUAAAAUGUUUAAAAUGGCUAAAUCAGAAUCUUAAUGCUUGAUUUCUUGUGUGAAUUUAUAUAUAUACAUAUUUUAGUUCUUUAAACUGUGCUUAGAUUACUUUCGGUCUUGAAAUACAGUUCUAAACUGAAUUGAAUCGAUCAUUUGAAGAACAUUGUAAGUUAAUUUUAAUCGAAAUUAAAAUGUUAAAAGAAACUUAUAUAUUUACCUCUCUUAAUUCUGAAUCUCUUAAUAUCUCAAUUUUGAUAAAAAUUGACUUAGAUUGUGUUUUUUAAAUGAUUGAUUCAAUAGAAUACUGAUACACAAUAUUAAACUAAUAAUAAAUUUAAUAAUGUUAAUAAGCAUUUUUUGCACACUGCAUAGAAUUUGUUGCAAGAAAAUUACUUCAAUAUUAAUCAGAUUGAUAUUUUCAAGAUCAAAAGUAAUCAGCGCGCAGUUUCAAGAAUUAGAAAAUGUAUUUAAAAUCUUAUAAGAUAUAUCAUCCAAAUUAUGCUUCGACUAUUUUAGACGCUUCUUCAUUUAAUUGUGUUAUUUACAUCACGGUCUAAUCUCAUUAUUAUAAUUCCGUUAAUUUUAUCUAUUUGUUUUACGUUUGUAGCACAAAGAUUAAAUGAAAUAAGAAAUAGGUAUUAAAAAAAAAAGAAAUAACCCAAAGAAAAUUUUAUCAAUGAAAAUGAUAAAGGAGUGUUUAAUUUAAAUCGACAAUAAUUCAGUAUUUCAGUAUUAUACGAAUCUCGCUAUGAGCACUAUAAGGAAGUACAAUAAUAAAAUGUUCUGAAUUUUAUUUUAUAUUAUUUAUAUACUGAAUCUACUUUUUUUAAAUAUUGAGUAAAAUUUUUUAUCGAUUAUUUAAUAAUAUUUAGUUAAUUUGUUUCGAUCGUUAUAUAUUUUAAUUGUUAUACGUUUUAUAGGUAUGCCUAAUAUUGGCUCAAGUUUCAAGUUUAUAAUAUUUUAGAAAGCUCUUAUUUUGACUGUGAAAUUUGCACAUAUAAUUUUAAUAGCAGUGCAAUGAACAUGUUAAGAAGCUUGUCGAUAAAUAUUUCUACACAAUGGGACUAUCGCGCCUGUUUUACAGGAAAUUAUAUAUUGAUAUUCAAGAUUUCUUAUUCUGCACAUACUAAAUGUCUUCCACCGUCACUUAUUAUGAAGUGAAAGCGUCAUUUCAAUAAAUCUGCCAAUGAACUCUCAAUCAUAUUUAUACAAUAACUUUGAAUCUUGUCUUCUACGGACAACUCUCUAUUGUUUCUUUUAACGAGCUACCUUGUCUUACAAAAUUCUUUUUAUACUGCUAUUGUCUUCCAGUAUUGCUUAUUCUCGAGUGACAGCGUUCAAUCAAAUUUAAACGUCACUUAAAAGUGUCUUUUAUCCUGCGAUAAACUGCUAACCUUUUCUAUCAUUAUUAUUAUUAUUAUACGCACAAGAGUGUUCAACAAGUCAAUCUUUUCUUACUUGCGAAAAGUGUGAUAUGCGAUCUGUCGCAACAGAAAUUUUGGAAGUUAAAGCAAAUCACUUUUGAGUGUAUGUAACAUAUUUUUGAUGAUGUUAUAUAAUCAAUCAAAAUUGAUAUAUAUUUAAUCAUAAGCAAUUAAUAUAUUAAACAUAACCGAGAUAUCAUAUAACGCGCGUAUACUGGCAAACUAAUCUCUUGUGAUAUUUGUAUAAAUAAAAUUAUACAUUGUUGUGUUGUGAUUAAUCAUUAAAGCCUCAAUAUUGUGAAAUAAAUACUACUACAUAUAUAAUGUUAAAAAGAGAAUUAUGAAAGAAUACUUGUAAUUGCGAGUGUUUAUAAAAACUCUAUAAAAAUAUAUAUUAUAUAUUGAUUAGAACAAGAUAAAAUUGUGAAAGGUACAAUUACAUAUACAAAAUUACGAGUAAUAUUGUGAGCAAGAAUGUAUAAGUUUUUUGAGAAUGAAUCAAAAAUAGAAAAUUAACAUU